AUGUCUGCAAUCCAGAAGAAUGUUGAAGCGGCCUCAGAAGCAUACUCGUCCUCGUUCAGCCAAGGGCAUCUCGCUCUCCCACCAGCAAAGAAAUAUCUUGUCUUGACGUGCAUGGACGCUCGCAUUGACCCAGCCCAAGCCUUUGGAAUCAGGCUUGGAGACGCACAUGUCAUCCGCAAUGCAGGAGCGUCGGCGCAGGACGCAUUGCGGAGUGUUAUCAUUUCGCAGCAGCUGGUCGGCACUCAGGAAAUUGUCCUGGUCAAGCACACAGGCUGCGGUAUGCUGACAUUCAAGAACGAAGAUGCAUAUGGCUUGGUUGACAAGAACCUCGGAUCCGAGGCAGCAGCGGAGCUCAAAUCCCGCGGACUGGACUUUCUUCCGUUUCCACAGCUGGAAGAUGCUGUAAAAGACGACGUGGAGUGUCUCAAGAAUACCAAGUUGGUACCGGACAGCGUCGCCAUUAGUGGCUGGAUCUAUGAAGUCGAAACGGGCAAAACCCGCAGAGUCGUCUGA